GUCAAACCGAUGAGAUACCGUCGAAGAUUUGCAGUCUUCGAUGUGCAGUCAACGGUGCGUUCUUCAGACGAAACGCCGAGUUUUCUGCCGUCUCAGCCAACCGCUGGGUUCGAGCGCGAUUGGCCUCGUUAUACGGCAUUCAUAAAAAACCAGCAGGUAGCAUUUCGCCGUAUCAGCUUGCCUUUGUUCUCAGCGACUACUCUCCAUAUGGCGCGAGCAAAUGUGAAAAGGCGGCAUUCGGAUUUGCCGCAUUUUGAAUCUGUGGCUAGAAUAUCGAGUCUUCCCAUUGUGGAAAGCGGUAUACAUAUCGCUGGUAAUGUGUAUAGAAAAAUAAAGCGUUCAAAUUCUUUAAUGAAUUGGAGUUUGGAUACGGCGGAACAAUCAUUAGCGAUUGCAACGGCAACGGCAAGACCUGCCAUUUUCGCACUUAAUGGACCAAUUACGACAAUCGAUCAAUUACUAUGCAAAGGUAUCGACAUCGUUGAGCAAAGAGUGCCGGCAGUGCAUCUUCCCCCUCAUGUUAUAUAUUUGAACACGCGAGAGUAUGUAAAUAAGAAAAUUGUGAAGCCAGUUCUAAUGCGUGCCGGAAGUGUCAAGCAAAUCGGUAGUCAAGCUGCCAACGCCGCCGCUGAUAGACUGGACGGUGCGCUGACAGUUGCGGACAAGUACGUGGAUCGUUAUUUGCCGGGAGAUCCAACUGACAAAGAAGAGGCCAACCCUGUUGAAUCUGUAAGCAAAACGACACGUACAAUCAAGCACGGCGCAAGAUUCUCGCGAAAAUUGCAAAAGAGAUUGACGCGACGCACUUUGGUCGAAGCGCGUGCGCUGAAACAGCAAGGAACUGAAUGCAUUCACGUUCUUCUAUACAUCGUGGAAUUGGUAAGUCAAUAUUCAAUCAGUUUAUUAUAUUUUAAUUGGCUUUAUAUUGUGUAUAUUAUUUUCCAGCUGACACUACUUAUAGGUAAAAACAAUGUAAUAAAAGAACAAAUAUCUGUCAUACGAUCUGGUAUUGAAAGGCUGAGUUCGACCACGAAUCAAAUUUUGGAAAAAUUUGCUGCAUUUUUGGCUGGUCGUCCCAGCCAUCAGAAGGUACCACACAUGCGAAAUCGUGAGCAGAAUCACAACAACCACAUGUCGGCGACUUCCAAUCCUCCAAUAAACGGUAUUGAGUAACGAGCAAGUCUGAAAACUGCUACGUGCGGGUUUCUUUCCCCUUCUGGUAUGGAUUUCAAUUACAAGGUCAAAGACACGAGGAUAGAAAUCACGCCGAGUCGCCACUCAUUGAUUAGCAUAACGUUUCAUCGACCGUAAUUACAUCAUUAUUUUUUACGAUCUUGUUUUUGUGAAAUGAUAAUAAUUACAGGAUUAUAUUUUAUCAUUGGUACAAUGUACUCGUGCCAUACUCAUUUUGUGCUUCUGAACUUAGCCAUUAGUCAAAACAAUUGCUUUUGCAGUAAUUAAGUGUAAGUAAAGAAAUAAAGAACCGUCUUAGUUUUAAUACGAA